UUAAAAAAUGCGUAAGCACUAAUUCGUAUACUUGAGAGGAAUUAGGUACUUAUAUCGUUGGGUCAGAGGCUAUAUAUACUCAGAAUAAUUGUUUGUUGCACUUGAGUACGAAACCCAACUAAUAUAUUGUUAUGAAAUAGGAAUUUCAAGAAAUACAGCGUAGUCGGCGUACGAACUGACAAUUUUCGAGUCGAGCGUGAAACCAAGGCGUCUCUACGCCAAGCUACUUCUCUGCAUGAGGAGGAGGAUAAAUAUUCUUAGACCAAAGUGACAAGAGUGAGAGUGAGAACACUAUGGAAGUUAUCCUGCUGAAUCGCCUGUCCACAUUUGCCACAAACAUCAAAGAGCAUCAAGUAAAAGCAUCAGAGCUAUGUGCGUGUCGUCCAUGGGGAAAAGAUCAGCUAGAGCAAGCUGCUAUUAUCGCCUCCAAACUACAAUCUAUACUGGGAAGAUUCCAAAGUGAUCUCUAUCAGUACUUCAACCUGUCCAAGGAUCCUAACGCCGAUGAGAUUUCAAAUGUAACUGCGAUACAGCUAGACGGUGAUGAAGUCUUAGCUGAACUUAAUGCAAGAAUUCAAGCCGAUAAGGAUACAAGACAAGUCAAAUCCGAUCCUACAAAAAAUAGGAGCAAGUUACCAGAGUUAGAUUUAAUAUCUUUUCAUGGUGACGUUCUAGAAUGGACUCAAUUCUGGGACCAAUUCAGUUCCAACAUUGAUCAAAGGAAUAUACGAGACGUUGAUAAGCUACUCUACCUUAAAGCAUCGUUAAAGGGUGAAGCCAAAACCAUAAUCGAUGGUUUAGAAACCACGAAUGACAAUUAUAAGAUUGCCAUAGAUACUCUGAGAGAGAGAUAUGGCAACAGAGUGCAGAUUGUUGAUGCCCACUAUUCUUCCUUAUAUAAGAUUAAGAAGGCCACAAAGCCAGAAGAUUGCAGAAAGACAUUAGAUGAACUCGAGAGACAUCUAAGAGUCUUACAGUCCCUAGGAGAGGAUACAAAUCAAAACCAUUUAAGAUUUCUUUUCAUGGAAAAGUUUCCGGAAGACAUCAUUUAUGAAAUGAAGCUAAAAUUGAAGAUUGAAUCCAUUGAGGAAAUAAGAAAACAACUAAACGCUAUCAUAUCAGCAAAAGAAGAUGCCAAGAGGAUAAGCGUUGAGACUAAAGAUAUGGAAACAACCUUUACUACUGAAACUUUACACAUUAGAGAUAAAUUUGUGAAGAAAUCCAACGAUAGGAGAAUCAAACACAGAGUUAUAAAUAUGAGGGAAAAACCAAAUAAAUUUAGAAAAAAUACAUCAACAUUUUCAAAUACAUUCACGCCUAAGAAAAGAACAUAUAAAGCUAAUAGUGAAUCGAAUAAUGCGCAGGCAUCCGAAAAACGAAGGAAAAUAGAAUGUAUAUUUUGCCAAGAGAAUCAUUACAAUGACGCUUGCACGAAAUUUAAGACCUUGGCUGAAAGGAAAGAUAAAAUACCUAACCGUUGUUACAUCUGUUUGAAAAUUGGCCAUAGACAAAAUGAAUGUAGAAUAACACACAUCUGUUAUCACUGUGGUGAAAGGAAUCAGCAUAAUAGAGCAUUGUGCCCUAAGAAAUUGCUCCAAGCAACAGAGACAUCAUCGUCACAAGAUUCCUGUGCCUGAAAGAUAUGUCUAAACUAGCUAUAGAAGAGAAUCUUAUACAUUACAGAUUUAUACGUGUACCCUUUGCAAUCAUAUCUGAACAUCACUUAUUCAGUACCAAUGAUGAAUGUUUAAAGAGUCUAGCCAGCGACAUCUAUGUACAUAAUAUCUGACAGGAUCGAAUGGAGUCAAAAAAGCGAUGAGUCUAUACAAAGACAGUAAAAUAAUAUAGAUUCCAACUCUAAAGAGCUUAAAUAUGUAGAUGAACAUUACAGAUGCUAGUACAGAUAAAACUGUAAUACUCUUGAUUUAAAAUGGGACUUAGAAAAGGACAUGAUUUGCCUAAGGAUAAAAACACUUGUAUGCUUAUACAAAGAGAGGUGUUCUGAAGACUUUAAGCAAGUUCAUCGCAUAUGCCUACCUAAGAACAUAGCGAAUAGCCAAGACGGCCAACUUCACUGUUUCAUAGAUUCGUCUAUGUCAGCGUAUGCAGCCGUAGUAUAUUUACUUCAAGGAGACAAGAUGAACUUCGUUAUUGGCAAGUCAAGAUUAAUACCCAUAAAAGAUCAAGAUAAUCUGAAGAUUCCUAAAUUGGUACCAUUAGGACUUAGGUAUCAGACUAAUCCAAUAUGUCAUGAAACAUCUACAGAUAUAGAAGGAACCAAGAAAAUAAGAACUUGACUGUAAGAUAUGUUUUGUCUGAAUACAACUCAGCUGAUGUAGCAACCAGGCAGACUAAUUCGACAGAAGAUUUCCAAUGAUACCUCAGCGGCCCAGAAUUUCUGACAGGAGAUUCUCACAAUUGGCCAUGCCAACUUGCCAACCCGCAAGAGAUGUUACUCUUCGAGCGGGGGAGGGUCUGUCGAACAACAUCAUACAGAAAGUUGGAUUGAACUGAGACGGAAAAAUCAGCUUAAUAAGAAUAUUGGCUUGAGCAAGACGCAUAAGUAUCAGAAGGAAACCGGACAAGUCUGUUCAGAAACAUAGGCAAGUGAGGAUAACAGAAUAAGCUCAGAAGUACAAAAAAUAAGAAGUAUAUAGAGACACUUUACCCGGAUGAAGUUGAGGGUAAGGAGACACAUCUUACUCGCUAUCUAAGAUUGUUCAAAGAUGUCGACAGAAUCCUUAGAUGUAGCGGUCGUUUGAACGAAACUUACAGAAACAUCUGCUUGACGAUAAUCAAUUACUGACUAUCAUCAAAGAAGUGGAAAGUGUCAUGAACACAAGACCCUUGACUUGUAUGAGUACUGGUUUGGAACAUGUAUUGAAACCAGCCGAUUUCUUAACACCAGGAAGAUGUCUCGAACUCCAGAUGUCAGUGAGUAAGGCACCAGUUACAGCCACUGCAACUAAACAACAGCUCAUAGAAAGAUGAAGACGAGGUGAGACUAUCAUGAAGGAAUACAGAGACAUAUUCAUGGAUCAGUACUCGUGGAAGUCUAAGGAAAUGUUACAAGCAUUCAAAUAAACUACUAAGAAUCAGAUCUCACGAUGAACCAUGUGUUGAUGACAGUACAUUUACAAGGUCUAUAAUGCAGUUGUACCCUUUAGGUCACCGAUCUGAAGUCGAGUCGUUCAACAAGUGAGAGAAUGGUAGUUGAGGAAGAUUCGGACUUACCAGUGAUACAAAGGCAAGAUUAUUCCAAUAUUUAAACGGAUGGAAACAUGGAUAAGACUGAUAACAUGGACACGGACAUGGCACAUAGCAUAAAUAGAACGAAGGAGAAAACUGAUGUUACUAAUGAAAAUGUAGAUACAGCAAAAUUUGAUAUGGAUUUGAGACUUAAGGACUACCCUAACUUGAGGCUUCGCAAUGCAAUAGCUUCGCUUCGGUGGGUGUGUCGCGGACUUCCGCGAUGUAUUAUAUAUAUUACACCUGGCAACAGCUUCUAUAUUGUCUAUGGUGGUGGCAUAUGAGCAAGUUAGAGCUGGCAGCUACGCUUGGAGCUCAUGAACGGGGAGAAAUACUCCAUACUCAGCAUUAUAAUAAGGUAUGAACCACAUUAUCCAUAGAUUAACUGACCUCUCUCCCAAUAAUAUAAGCGAAGCAAAAAUGAGUUCUUUAAGAUGCAAGUAUACAUGUCAAGUUGAUAGUAGACUCAUAUUUCAUUUAAUAAGGUCUUAGAAUCUUAAGUAACUUGAAUUCAGGCAAUCUAUUUAUUUUAGCAUUUUGUAUCA